GAAGAAAGAGGGUUAAUGGGAAGUUGCAAGCUUCUGUGUACUUCCUGCUGUACGACAAGUGUUCCCAGUGAGGCAGCGUUUGGCAGCCGCGUCCUAUGUGGGAGGCAGUCUCAGCCUCUCGGGCCGCAGAGUCAGCUGAUUACCAUGACCGUUCACACCGUGAGAAGGCUCCCUCUGGCCAUCCGUGGGUUCAGCUCGCGGUUACAUAAAGUGUCCUCCGUUACGUCAUGCCGAGGAUUUUCGACAGAAGACAGACAUGAGCCAAAAUAUGACAUGGUGGUUGUGGGUGGUGGCAUCGUGGGAAUGGCAGCAGCUCGAGAGUUGGCCCUGCAACACCCACACUUGAAGCUUAGUGUUGUGGAGAAGGAAAACCAGUUGGCAUUUCAUCAGAGUGGCCACAACAGUGGAGUGAUUCAUGCUGGAAUUUACUAUAAGCCAGGAUCCCUAAAGGCCAAGCUCUGUGUUGAAGGACUACACCUGUCUUAUAAGUAUUUUGAAGAAGAAGGAAUUCCUUAUAAGAAAUGUGGAAAGCUCAUCGUGGCUGUUGAUGACAAAGAAAUUGGAAGAUUGCAUGACUUAUUUGAACGAGCAAAACAAAAUGGUGUUCCAGAUGUAGAACUCAUUGAAGGACACGACAUAAAGAAAUAUGAACCCUACUGUCAUGGUGUGAAAGCUAUCUGGUCCCCACAUACUGGCAUUGUUGACUGGGCUUUAGUAACAGAACAUUAUGGAAAAAACUUCCGUGAUCUAGGUGGCAGCAUCUAUCUUGACUUUGAAGUUAAAGAUUUUAAUUUAGUAGAAGGAGAUGGGGAUGAAAACUCUGAUAACACAAAAUACCCAGUCCGAGUUAUCAGUGACGGAAAGUCUGUCAGAUGUAAGUAUGUGCUGACAUGUGGAGGUCUGCAGUCUGACAAGCUGGCCAAAUUAUCUGGGUGUAAUGAGGAUCCCAGGAUUGUACCAUUUCGGGGAGAAUACCUCCUCCUGAAGGAAGACAUGACUCAUCUAGUGCGAGGCAAUAUAUAUCCGGUUCCAGAUCCACGCUUUCCCUUCCUUGGAGUGCAUUUCACCCCAAGAAUGAAUGGAGAUAUUUGGUUGGGGCCCAAUGCAAUAUUUGCCCUUAAGAGAGAAGGAUACAAAUGGACUGAUAUCGAUCUUCGUGAGUUAUGGGAAUCCAUCACUUAUCGUGGUUUCCAAAAGCUAGCACUGAAAUAUGUAACUUUUGGUUUUAAGGAAGUUCUUCGAUCUGCUAUCCCAAGACUUCAGGUAGCAACUUUACAGAAAUAUAUUCCUGAAAUAUCUGCCAAACACAUCACCCGUGGCCCAGCUGGAGUACGUGCACAAGCAAUGAAUGUUGAUGGCUCACUGGAAGAUGAUUUUGUAUUCCACAGAGAAACGGAUUGCAAACUGGGUUCUCGCAUUCUUCAUUGUCGCAAUGCUCCUUCUCCAGGAGCUACAUCAUCACUUUCAAUUGCAAAGAUGAUUGCUGAAAAGUGUAAAGCAGAAUUCACCUUAUGAACUGUUCUGAAGCACAUUUGUAACCUCUGAAAUGGAGCUAUGUUGUGAAAUCUAAAGAGGGACAUCUUUCUCUCUAUUAAAUAACAUUUAUUUUUAGAAAAUCAGAAUGUUUAAGAUAACAAUUCAAUUAUUUUAUGUGUACAAGAAAAUGUAUAUUAAGAAUUUGUGUUAAUGUUAGUACAUCUUAAUACUGUCAUCACAAGGAGACAAAUGUGAGGUGCAGUCAAGAAGUUUAAAAGUUAUUUCCAUUGCAAGGAGACAGAGCUAGGUUAUGGUCUUAAAGUGACCAGCAGGAGUAAGUAGUAACUUUUGUCAUCAUUUCAAGUGGUGUCUACCAGUGAGACUUGUGCUAUAUUAGUUUUUCCACUCAUUCACAUGCUCAUAUUUUAAAAAUGAACCUCAGUGUGAGCAGAGAACAGAUGUCAAAUUGGUUUAGACUUGCUGAGGUGAGCAAGCUAUUUUGAGUGGUAUAUGCACUUUAAAAGAUACAGAAUGCACUGAGGGAUGAUGAGACAAUAAGACACCCCUCCAGGUUUAUGUCUCCAAAGAGAUAAAACUAGAUCAUCAGGACCAUUGAAUCACUACCAAGGAAGUUGUUUACAGCAUUUUUGUCGCAUCAUCAACAUAAAAGUUAGAACAAUAUAUGACAUCAUGAUAAGAACAUGCAUGCACUGUGUCCUUGCAGAGUUUCCACUCAGGCAGCCUUAUGAUCCCACCAUGACAGCAGGCCUUCUCACACAGUGUUGAAAAUGUGCAGAGCUUUUCACUCACAGCUCUUUACCUUACAUACCUGAUUUGUCACUCUGUGCCUGCAUCCUCUUCCAUAAGAUUAAGUUCAAAACAAAGGAUCACCAUUUUGACACUGUAGGAAAGAUGCAGAAAAUAUUACAGCAUUCGACAAUCUUAAAACAGGACUUUUGGCCAGUGUCCUAAGCAUGACAGAAACACUGAGGAUAGUGUAUCACUGCAUCAGGUGAUGAUUUUGAAGAGGAUAACAGCCAAAAUUAAGGUAUGGAUUUUGCUUUGUAUAGACAGUCUCAGAACUUUUUAUUAGCAUCUCAUACCACAGAAUAAAUUAAAACAGGACUUUUGGCCAGUGUCCUAAGCAUGACAGAAACACUGAGGAUAGUGUAUCACUGCAUCAGGUGAUGAUUUUGAAGAGGAUAACAGCCAAAAUUAAGGUAUGGAUUUUGCUUUGUAUAGACAGUCUCAGAACUUUUUAUUAGCAUCUCAUACCACAGAAUCAAUUUCUUUGCUCAGUCCAUUUGCUCAUUAUCUUAUCUCAUCAGUUCUUUGAAGUUACUCUCUACAGAAACAUCCUAACUAUUUUGAAACGAUCUCAGUUGGAGUGAUUUUGAUUUUUCUUAGAAACUUGAUGGUUAGUAGGAUUUUGUUGCACUUGCCUGUUUUUUUUUCCAGGUAGCCAGAAGAUAAAUAGUGUGAACUAUUCUAAAUAAGAACUGUUUUGAUGAUAUUGUCAUAUUCAUUUUUGUUUCAUAGCUGUGUCCAUUAGUGAAAGGCCCUAAAAGGCCAUUUUAGCAACAUUUGAUACACAAGGAAUCUGAUUUCAACAGUGACACAUAUAAAUCAUGUGGAUGACAUCUCAUUUUGCAUCAGUUUAGUAUAUCAUAGAUUUCAGAUGUUCCUUUAAUAUUGUAAUAAGUAAAAUUUUUAUAUGACAACUAAUCAGAUUCCUAAGUUCUUUCACCUGUGGCUGGCAUAAACUGAGUGGCUGGGUGCUUUUUCUUUGUCAGUAUGGUAUUUUGUAGGUUCUCUCUUAGUGUUUAUGUUGUUUUUAAGGCUUACAUUUAAAAAAAAACAAUUUGUCAACUACUGCUCAUCUUGCCCCAGACUCAGGUUCCAACCAACAACUUCCUGUUUGUAAAUAUAGGAAAGUUUGGUUGUGGAUAGUAAGUAGAAUUCUGGUAGCUGUUGCCUGGUGUAGUGGUUGGCAUCCCUAGUUCCCAUUUGAAAUGUGCAGAGUUUACAUCCUAUGUAAGGGGGAGAUUAUAUGGAUGGGUCUCUUUUCUUACUGUAGGCACUUGGUCACAUUGCAAAAAAGUCAGUAGAUACUGUAGAUAUAGAGUUAUUAAUCUGUAGUUUAAGGGCCAGCAGUCCUCUUUUUAUUUGUGUUUUAUGUGUACAUCUUGAUUCUGACAUGCAAUAUGUAAGACACUAGCAAUAUCAUAUUUCAUGCUUGUUCUUAAGGAAUAAAAAUCACACUGUAAUGCCAGUAUGGGCUCAGCUUCUCAACUUGAAAAAAAUAUAAAUAAAUAAUAAUAAUAGAUAAAUAAAUAAAUAAUUAUAAUAAUAAUAUGAAAGAAGGGAAACUGAUGAGAUUACUAGUACUGCAGCUGUAUGGGGUUUUCAUAUCAAAAUUAGUACUUUGAGCACAAUGCCAUCACUUAGCUACCAAACAGAUGUGCUUUGUGGAGAGAUUAGUGUUAGUUGAAAAUAUGUGCAUUAAUAUGCCCUUUCACAGAAGCUAAUGCUUGAAUAAGAAAAGGAAAGUCCUCAGGAGCAUCUAUGCUUUAUUACCAUUAUGUUUUUAGCAAUAAUGGAGAGAGUUGAAUUACUCUCAUGAUGGUCAUGUAUUACUAGUAUGUGCAACUUGGACAAACCUCAUUUUGGAACUCUUUCUCUAAAUAAUUUUAAGAGAGCACAGUAAAGCUGGCUUAUUUUAAGAUUGCACUUUGAAGUUAAUGUUCUUUAUUUUUUGCUCCAUUUAUUAUUUAUUAUUAUUAUUAUUAUUAUUAUUAUUAUUAUUAUUAUUAUUAUUAUUAUUAUUAUUAUUAUUAUUACUAUUUUUAUUCAUUUACUGGUCAAUAUGCAUAUUGUCUGUAACAUUUGGCUUGUCUACUGCAUGUGGAAAAAGAUAUGAAUGGAUGACAGCCUUACACUUACCGUCAUACAAUAAUGUUUUAGUAUCAUUCACAUGUUUUACCAGGUUUUCAUAUUUUUGUUUCAUUUUGUUUGCUCUCUCAUUCACUUACUUCUUUUUAUAAUAUCCUGAUAUCCUCCCCAUAUUAAUUCAGACAGCAUAUUUUGUCAUACAAGGUGAAUCUUAUUCUAUUACUUGAAAAUUCAGAUCUUAGCCAUUGGCUGCUAGAUAUGUUGAUUACCAAACAUGGAACUAGCCUGUUUUCAGGCAACGGCACUUUUAUAAUUUCAUUCAAGGUUCCUAAUGUACUUUGCAUAGUUGUGUUGUUUUGGAUUAGUUUAAUUCUAUAUUUUGGUUAUGUUUAUAUAUCUGUGAUACUUCUUACUACAUAUCCAAGAAAUCUGAAGCUAGUUCUAAAAUGUUCCUGGUUUAGGAAGAUUUAUUAACAACUGCAAUAUAUGUUGGAUAUAUACAUAUAAGCAAUUAUUUUCUUCUGCAAGGCCAUUGUGUUAGAGAAACAUCAUAUCAGGACUCUUGAAACCCCUUAUCGCCUUCUGCACCCCAACCCAAAGUCUCCAGUUUGACCCCAUUAUUAGUAAAGUUUUGGCACCAAAAAUACAGUGUGGAUGGUCAACUCGUUUACUCUAAAGGUUCUCCCUAUUUUUGUCUUCUUUCCAGCUUCCCAUUUACUCACUUGUGACACUCGCUGUUCUAGUCCUUAGCACAAGCUCUUGAAAGAAUGACGAUACACCAAAUUCAGUGAAAGUUGUUUAAUUUGAAUUGAGUGACUCACGAGUCUUAUUUCACUAUAACUUACAAGCAAGCCACCCAGAGGUGGUGGCAGACAAGCAAGUGUUUUGAAUGUGAAAAGUCAUGUUAAAGUUGCUUUGCAAACUGAAAUUUAACAAACUAAAGAGUGUAACCCAACACAGAUGAGUCCAUUCAGUCCCAAUGCAGAAUACCCCAUUCAUUACUAAGGAACAGUAUAAUGUGAAAGGCAAUCUCUCUUGUUAUGCCAAUAUAUAUUUCCUAAGAACAGUGUAAAUUAGUUUUCCAACCAGCCCUCACAUCACAGUUGUGCUAAAAAUAUAUUAAAGUGGAAUCCAAGAUUUCAGAAAGAACACUUAUCCGCUACUUCCCUCUUGUGCAUUCAGUUCUUGCCACUCACCCUUCUUAUUGUUCUCUGCCAUUUCCUUUGACAAUGUCAUCUCUUUCUGUGUCGCUUUUAAAAUUUUGUCAAUGUCAUGAAAAAAUUAAGUAAUCUUAUAUGUUAGGUUGAUCAAAACAGAUUUUUUUCUCUUACCUUUCUCUGGUGUAAACUAUUGGUUUAUUUACUAUUCAACUAAGGAGUUUGAAGAUCUUUCUGUCAUUUGAAUGGUUUUGUGUCACUACAUCAAAUUUUUAACUUUUCUUGGAUAUAUUUGAGGCCAUUUAUAGAUGUCUGGACGCAACACUCAGAAUUGUGCCAGGAAUGUGUAAAUGUUGGUACACUGGUCACUAGAAUAAGUCAAUCAUCCUAUCUGCUUGUAAAAAUUUUUAUGUGAGGCAGGUAGCCAUCUGUAGGGUUAGGGAAGAUUUAGGCAGAUUCUCAAGUGUAGAGAGGAAAAGCAAAUAGUAGAUGUGAGGCAAUUGGCAUUCUAGUGCACUAGGUUGUUUGAAUUAUGUAUCAAAACCAGUUUCAUUUAGAAUAUAUUUUGUGCUGAAUAUACCAGGCACAGCUCAUAACAAAUGAGAAUUUCAUGCCUCUGACAAAGGCUUAAUUGCCAAAGUUGGAGGACACUAUUUUGAAUUCUCAUCUUCAACUUUGAAUCAGCCAAACUAUAAGUUAACAAAUUGGAGGGUUCAGUGUACAUAAUGAAAUUAUUUUUAAGUCUGUUAGAUUUUACUAAUAUUUCAAGAUUUAUAACUAAGUUCCAAAAACUAUAGUGUACCAAAGAUUCUGGAGAUUAGUUUCUUGCUAAUUUACUGAUGCAUACAUACAAAUAUUUAAGAAUCUUUUCAAACAUCUUCCUUUUGAAGUAAAUAAAAAGGGUCUUCAAAAGGUGGCAAAAUAAGUGGACAGUACAGGACAUUUCAUAAAGUACAGUCUAAGUUUAAAUGACACCUAGAGAUUAAAAAUAACUUAAGGAGUUAGUUUAGCCAGAUAUGGAAAAUAGUAAGUGGUAUUCUAGCUGGUGACUUGCUCCCUCAAAAUAGACUAAUGUGAACAGAGCACUUAAGUGCUGUCUGGUGCAUGCCUCGCCCUCCCCAUUUAUUAUCUGCAUGAAAUAGUUUGUAAGGAUGUACUUAGAGACCAGUAAUGGUCUAUACCAUUCCAGAGGAUACUGAAUGUGCAGGGUAUAAGAAUGAUAGUAAUACAUAAAUUAUAGUCGUACAUUAUUACAGUAGAAUCCCAUUUCACUGAGCACCAUGUGGAGAAGAUUUAUAUUGAUAAUUUUACAAUUCUAAGCAUUGUCUGCAGUGUUAAUACUUUCUCCCCCACCAAAUUAACUUGUAUACAUGUACUAAUGAUUUUUUGAUACUAGAUAGUAAUGGAUGUGAAUAUCCAGCCAAGCUCAAAACAUUUGUAAUAGUGAUUUGGCAUUAGGCAUUACAGGAUUUGAUCAGAUGCUGGCUUAUUAGCUGAGCGCUGGAGGUGGAGGACAAUUGACAAAAAUUGGCAUUAGCAGGAUUUGAUCAGAUGCUGGCUUAUUAGCUGAGCGCUGGAGGUGGAGGACAAUUGACAAAAAUGUGUACAGAUUGUUAAAAUGCUUACCAUGCCUCCUGUGUGUGUAAGAAGCCAGAAAUUACCCAUAUGUAUAGUAGUAAGUGUUUGAUUUUACUUUCGUAUUGUCCGUUAAAAUUAUCACAAAAAAAUCAGUUAUGUUAGGUUUUUACGAUAUUUUGGAAUUUAGUUAAAUGGUGCUCUACUGUAAACUGAAUUAGGUUAAGAUUUCUGUAAGGCAUUUAAACAGUUGUCUAGCAUUGGCUUGUGGGGUUAAUGAUUAGAGGAGUGGAAUUUGGAGUGCAGAUGGAAAUAGGAAAAUGUUAAUUUGUUGUGUAAGACAUGUAUGCUAGAUGGUCAGGUAACAGGAAUGGAGUUUAAAUGUCAACACAAGCUCUCGAUAUUAAAUAUAUGGGAAAUAUUACUCACUGAAGGAUCAGGAAAUGUUAUAGUUGUGAUUUUGUGAGAAAUAUUGAUGUGCACAAAUACAGUGACUGUUAUAAUGUA